AUGGACACCGAGGAGAUCCUUCGAACCAUUGCGUCGAUGUACGCACGCACAACUCAAACCGAACGCCAGACCGAACGUAUCGUCUCUGAAUACAAGCGGGAGCUCUCCAAGACACGCGAUGCCCUGGAAAGAACAAGAAUUGACCUGGAGAGGACGAGAAAUGAUCUGGAAGAGACCGUGAAAAUGGCCGAACUUCUCUGCGACGUAAAUCGAAGGCUCGGGACUGUGACGGACUACCUCCUGAAACAGCAGGGCCGACUGGACGAUAAAGACUGCAAUUCGUUUGAAGCAAUGUUCAAUAUUCUUCUCAAACAAGCUGAGACUCGAGGGGACGAGCCUGAUGUGGAUCAGGGUAGCAAAAGUGACAGGCAAGGCGAGGCCGAGCAGCCGGCUGGUGUCAUCGCACUGGGAUAG